AUGCACAACAUAUUGAUCAGCGCAACUGUUUUGUUGCAAUUCCAAGUCUGUGAGGCAUUCACCUUGCUUCCGAAGUUCAACCACCUUUCGUCGAAAGUUUCUACCUCUUCUUCUGCAUCCGAUUUAGAGAUAGACUCUCUAAUGGACAUGGAUAUUGUGAUAUACUCGACAAAAGACGACCCAGACAGCACCAAACAUCUUGGUGCAUUGCAAGAGGAUGGGACGCUAUCUCCAUUGUCCGUGUGGCAAAACCAACCUGUAUUUGACAAUUUAGUGGAGUUUCUUGUCGACGAAGAAGACCGAUUCUCUCUGAAUGCCGAGAACGUGGAGCUAAUUCACCUUGUAGAAGAAUCGAAUAUUUCAUAUGGAAGUCGUCAAUGCCAUCGAGGUGUUGGAAACCCUCAUGGAGAAGAAAGUGAGCUCUUGUAUUAUGUGGACCAAGAGGUGAUUGAUAAGUUUGAUAUCAAAGUCGUUGUGAAUCCAGAUUUGGAAAUUCUCUGGUGA